AAGCGGAGGGUGGGGGCUCAGCCAGAUGCAAGGAGGAAGUGGGUUAGGGGGAUAUAGCCAGACCCCGCGCGCUCACACCCCUCACUCCUACUCCUAUCCGCAGAUGAACCAACUACAGGGAGGAAUGCAGCUUAGCAGCGGCUACCAACAGCUGGGAGGGUCUCUAGGCACAACAGCACUCGGUUCAGCUCCCCUCUCCUCAGGAGCGCUGGGUUCAGGCUUACCAAGUCAUCUGAGCGGGGGCUUCCUGGGGGGCACCUCGCCCUCCAUCUCCUCGCCGGGCUCCACCAACACCGGCCUAGGACCUGCACCCCUCUGGAGCUCAGGAACCGGGUCCGCCCUCUCCUCGGGCCUCGGGGCUAGUGGCUUCCUGGGGUCCAGCAGCAGCUUGGGGUCGCCCUCGGCAGCUCCUCUCCAGCCCUCUUUCGGCGGCGGAGGCGGAACCAGCUACGGCUCUGGGCUGAGCGCGUGCCGCCGCCAGGGAGAGACCCCCACCUCGACGCAGCUGGCGCCGCUUUCUUACUACCCCUACUGGACUGACUCAAAAAUAUAGAUGACAAAGUGUUGCUGGAUGUGGGUGUACAAUGAGUGCAUGCCUUGGAAGAAACAGAAUGUGGCGACGCCAUCUAAUUUCGAGGUAGCAUAGAAUGAAAGCUGCAUCUAAAACGGAGCUGGACUGCGAUCGUCAUUGGAAAAAACUGUUACAAGGUGCUCGCGUGAGAUUUGUUUUACGGCUCCUUCGAAGUCAAGCAUUUCUCGUAUUCUCCUGUGAUCCGUGCAGUGUCUGUCGUAGAGUGACAAGAUACGUGCAGCAACAUGAAUAGUAGUUAGAAUCUAACAUAUAUAUUAGCAUUUAUACAGUCCUGUGACAGUGAUUCCUAAGUAUGUUUCAGAACCUUUGGUUCGAUUGACUUUGAUGUUAGCUGAAAAAAUCAAGAAAUGUAAAUUCAGAACACACAGAGGACAUAAGAACUCGAACAUAUUGGAACGAAAGGUACUCGAAAUAGAUACAAUUUGUUCGGUGCAGUGCCCAUUUUGAACAUAACAAUAUGUGAUCAAUAUCAUCGUUCAGUACCAUAACUUCACGUGCCUAACAGUGCCUGUGAACACAUAUAACGUAUGUAAGUGCUUCAAGUCAUAUGUGUAUAAAAUUACGCUCUCUUUGUGCUGUGUCACCGUUUCAAAAUAUGGGGAUAUGGUAGAAUAAUUUUUAUAUCUAUUUUAUAUUCAGUUUUGUGGAUAUUUGAAAAGAUUUGGUGAACCAUUUGUUUUCUUUCUUUACUGUUCGUGCUUGAGAGAAAGGUUGUACCUGCGAGGGCGAGAACCCUCACUCCCCCGUUCUCCUUGUUCAGCCAGAGCGCCUUCAUGGAAUAAUGUACUUGCAAAGGAUAAGCUGUUUCCUGGUGACAAAAGAUGUGGACUUGAAUUUGGAUGCAUUUGUUAGACAUAUACAUAUACAUACACACAUACACCCAUAUAUAUAUACAUGCAUACAUACA